UCGAGGGCGGCGGGAGCAUGGGGGGCGGCCGGCUGCCCGUGGCGCGCAGCGCGUUUGCUACCCCGCGGCCGUGGCGGCGGGGCGGGGCGGCCCUCGCGUGAGCGGCUGCGGCCGGAGCGGCGGGCAGGGCGCCGGGCAGACGGCGGGGCCUCCGGCUGCGAGGCGGGCCACGACGGGGCGGGCGCCAUGUGGAACGGCCGCAGUUCCUUCACCAGCCUGGUGGUCGGCGUGUUCGUCGUGUACGUGGUGCACACCUGCUGGGUGAUGUACGGCAUCGUCUACACCCGCCCGUGCGCCGGCGACGGCAACUGCAUCCAGCCCUACCUGGCGCGGAGGCCCAAGCUGCAGCUCAGUGUGUACACGACCACACGGUCCAAUCUUGGUGCUGAAAACAACGUGGAUCUGGUCUUGAAUGUGGAAGACUUUGAUGUGGAGUCCAAAUUUGAAAGGACAGUUAAUGUUUCUGUACCAAAGAAAACCAGAAAUAAUGGGACGCUGUAUGCCUACAUCUUCCUCCAUCACGCUGGUGUCCUGCCAUGGCAUGAUGGGAAGCAGGUGCACCUGGUGAGCCCUCUCACCACCUACAUGGUCCCCAAACCAGAAGAGGUCAAUCUGCUCACUGGGGAAUCUGCUACACAGCAGCAGAUCGAAGCAGAGAAGCCCACAAGUGCCCUGGAUGAGCCCAUUUCUCACUGGAGACCAAGACUGACACUGAACGUGAUGGUGGACGACUUUGUGUUCGAUGGGUCCUCCCUGCCCGCCGAUGUGCAUCGGUACAUGAAGAUGAUCCAGCUGGGGAAGACUGUGCACUACCUCCCCAUCCUGUUCAUUGACCAGCUCAGCAAUCGGGUGAAGGACCUCAUGAAGCCUGCUUUUCUGAUGCAAAGGCAUAGACUGAAUCAGUGUGCCCGGAGCCUGUGGCUUCCCUGGGCUGCCGAGUGGAAAACGGCUCUGACGCCUGUCAUAAACCGCUCCAGCACCGAGCUGCCCCUCACCGUGUCCUACGACAGGAUCUCACUGGGCAGGCUGCGCUUCUGGAUCCACAUGCAGGAUGCUGUGUACUCCCUGCAGCAGUUUGGAUUCUCAGAGAGGGAUGCCGAUGAGGUGAAGGGCAUUUUUGUUGACACCAACCUCUACUUCUUAGCAUUGACCUUCUUUGUUGCCGCGUUUCAUCUUCUGUUUGAUUUCCUAGCAUUUAAAAACGACAUCAGUUUCUGGAAGAAGAAAAAGAGCAUGACUGGAAUGUCCGCCAAAGCAGUGCUCUGGCGCUGCUUCAGCACGGUGGUCAUCUUCCUGUUCCUGCUGGACGAGCAGACGAGCCUGCUGGUGCUGGUCCCGGCGGGCGUCGGAGCUGCUAUCGAGCUGUGGAAGGUGAAAAAGGCACUGAAGAUGACCAUCGUGUGGGGAGGCCUGAGGCCCCAGAUCCAGUUUGGCACAUACAGUGACUCUGAGAGGAGAACAGAGGAGUACGAUGCUCAGCAGGCCAUGAAGUAUCUGUCCUACCUCCUCUACCCGCUGUGCGUCGGGGGCGCCAUGUACUCACUGCUCAACAUCAAGUACAAGAGCUGGUAUUCCUGGCUGAUCAACAGUCUUGUCAACGGAGUGUACGCCUUCGGCUUCCUCUUUAUGCUGCCCCAGCUCUUCGUCAACUACAAGGUAUGGUGCUGCCCUGUCCGGGUGGUCUGGGGUCUUCUGGGCUGCCUGGCCUACCAGCAGCAUGUCUGUGCUUGUCCCCAGAUGAAGUCCGUAGCACACCUGCCCUGGAAGGCCUUCACCUACAAGGCCUUCAACACCUUCAUCGAUGACGUCUUCGCCUUCAUCAUCACCAUGCCCACCUCGCACCGGCUGGCGUGCUUCAGGGACGACGUGGUGUUCCUCGUGUACCUUUACCAGCGCUGGCUGUAUCCUGUGGACAGGAGCAGAGUGAAUGAGUUUGGGGAGGCUUAUGAGGAGCAGUCCCAGCGGAAGCCCCAUGCAGACUGAGCCGUGGCCCGCGUGUGCCAGCCACUGCCUGGUAGCUUGGGUCAUCAGCCAAGUGUUUCUGGACACUUCUGGGGGGAUGUCCUGGACGUCGCAUCUUCUGCAUUGCCAAACUCUCAAUGUUCUCGUCCGUCCCUGGGGGCCCUUCUGUCGCAUCUGCAAGGAGCUGGCCGCACUUCCGACGUCCCCUGCUCCCGUGCAGACAUCCGCCUGGGCUGCUGAGCUGUGGGCGCCCAAGCUCGCCCUCGGCACUGCCAGCUGUAGGUGCAGGAGUCCCGGUGGGUGGGGGCCACUCGGCUCUGGGGUAUCUCCCACCCGGCCAGUGCCAGAGGCAGGGAGGCGUGGAUUCCUACCUCCCUUGUCUGCAAGUGCCCCUUAUGGAAUCUCAGAUGCCUCUUCCCACCCAUUCCAUGUAGACUCUGGGAUUGAAUUGCUUUCUCCUUAUGGUUUAAAAUUUGACUGUUUUAAAAUUUAAUGUAUGUACAUUUCUAUUUUAAAAUAAAUUUCUCUGGCUGUGA